AUGCCACGAAAAUUAUUGAAAUUCCUCAUUAUCUUCGACAACACAUCGCUACUUUAUUUUCCUGGUCAAUUUCUGUCCGGACGUGUACUUAUCGAACUGCAAGAUGACACACCAGCCUUAGGUCUACAUUUUCACGUUGUCGGCGAGGGCGUAGUGCGUGCCGGUACAGCCCGACAGGAGCGUACAUAUGACAAAGAAAAUUAUAUUGACUUUCGAAUGCGUCUGCUGGGUGAUGUCGAUCAAGGACCAUCAGUACUUUCGCCCGGUAUACACAGUUUUCCAUUCAAAUUAGGUCUGCCAGUGGGUUUGCCGUCCACGUUUUUGGGUCGUUAUGGUUGGAUACAAUACUAUUGUAAAGCUGCAUUGCGUGAGCCAAAUGGACUUAUACAUAAAAAUCAUCAAGUAUUUAUUGUGAUGAAUCCAAUCGAUCUAAAUAUGGAGAGACCCAUAUUGUCGCAACCAUUUACUUGUGAGAUCGAACACAAACUUGGUGUGGCAUGUGUGGGUGGCGGUAAAGUCGUAGCGCGAGUGGCACUUGAUCGUGGCGGAUAUGUGCCAGGCGAGAGUAUACUAAUCACAGCAUUCAUAUCGAAUCACAGUAAUGUGACGAUUAAGCGAACAAAGGCAUCUCUAACAGAGACAAUUGAGUAUUUGGCACGCGGAAAAGUAGUUCAAACGGAGAAACGUGCUUUAGCUGCUUUGGCGCGUGGCAAAAUUCGACCUGGUGGUAAAGAUGAAUGGCAAAACGAUAGCCUCUAUGUACCACCGCUGCCCCCCACAAAUUUACAUGGCUGUCAUUUGAUAAAAAUAUCCUAUGACGUAUUCUUCGUUAUCGAGCCAAAGUCUUUAGAAAAGGAAAUCAAAUUGCAAUUGCCCAUUGUUUUAGCCACAUAUCCUUUCCGCAAUAAUAGCAAUGAUGUCUCAAAUACAUGGCCUGAUUCAGUGUUGAAACCAGAUACACAUUAUCCAUCCACAUUGCCAAUUUUUAGACCAUGGUUACAUGAGAAGCCUGAACCUAAUUAAAUGAGCAAUUUGUGUAUAUACAGUAGUAUGAUUAAGCAUAUCUAUGGACUAAACAACCAUUCAAUCACAAUGAGAUUUCUCUAUCACUGAAUGAUUCUACUUUCGAUUUUAUUUCGAUAAACAAUUUUUUUAAUUAUGACAGCUGCUUUCGAUCUACGAUUGUGAUCGACAACGAGGAACGCACAAAUUUUCGUUUUGUAUUUUGCCGCACUUUUGAUGAUGCCGCGAUUGAGUAAAAUUCAGUAACAAUUGCUACUACCCAACAGGUCACCGAAGAGAACUAAAGUGAAUUUAUAAAGUUUAGGGUAUUCACAAUGGUGUUUUUUUUUUUUAAUUUUGUUUCUUACAAAUUGAGUUAACUAAAAUAUUACGAAUUGAAUUAUUUCGAAUGAAAAAAUAAAUUAUUUGUUAAAGGUAUGAAUGUACUUGUAUACAAAAGAAAAAAAAACCUAAAAACUUGAGAAAAGUUAGAAUGUGUUUCUUGAGAAGUCCGAUGGAGUUUCGUAUUUGGAAUUCCAUUCUCGACAGCUAGCAAUGAUUGAAAAUCGAAUGUAGUUCAUACUAAUAGCCUGUAAAUUUUAGAAAUGAAUAUUUUUUACAUAUUAAUAUUCGAUACAAAUUUUUUAUUUUCAAAUUCCUUUUUCCUCACAAAUGUCCAUCGAUAUGCUUAAAAAUAGAACCAACAAGCGACCAGUGAUUACUUGAAAAUGUUUACUUUUAUAACUAAUUCAUCCAUAAAAUAAUUCUUGUGGUUCACACAAAAUAUUUAAAUAUGCUGAGUGUAUUCAUAAAUUUAUUUAGUUUUGUUUAUGGUUAACUGUAAUAUUUUUUUAAUUAUAGCUUGGCCUUUGAACUUACCCGUUGUGUUGAAAUUUGUUUCCUAAUAUUUACUUGCAUAUAAUUUAAUUAUAUUUAAUCGCUUUAUCACCUACAUUUUGGAUGCGAGUCCCGAAUGUAGCGAUGGCAGCCAUAAUAAUUUACCUACGACAUACAUAGUAUGCAUACGUAUUAAUUGUACUUAAUUACAUUAUUUUUAACAUAUAAACUAAGAGCAAAAAAGUUGUUUGAAUUUAACGGAACAAAGUCGAAGAAAUAAAUUAUCACUUACAAAUUAA